AUGCUGCCCAGCAAACAUCAGGUGGUUCCAGAACCAGUGACCCCAUGGACCUUAUGCCUCUUUGGACAGCAAUGUGAAGAAAAGGAAAUAGGAGACGGUCCUCCACGAAUUUUCUCAGAUGUGAGUCCUUCCCACAGGCCACAGACCUCCCCAAGAUGCUCCUACACAUUGCAGUCCUUCCAGCACAGAACUACAACAGCGGUGGCUUUCCACAGAGUCCUAGCCGCCUUCAUCAUCAACAGCCUGCUCCGCCAUGGGGUCCUCCACGGGCUGCAGGUGACGCAGCUGGUGGAGUUCCUCAUCGAGCACCACGAGGAACUCUUCGCGGAGGAGGUGGCUGGGCUUGCCGGCACAUCGGAUGAGGAGUCACCGGCACCGGAGCUGGGAGCAGCGGCAGCAGAGGUGCCUCCAGUCGCCCCAGAAAGCCAACACCUGAAGAGCUCGUCUGGGGAGAGAAGGUUGCCAGGCUCUUCUCAAGGGAGUAGAAAGAGAAAAGGCAGCUGUGAAGAGGGGAGCGAUGGGCAGGAAGAGGAGGAAGCUGGAGCCGAAGCUCUCAGGGACGGGCAACUGAGGGAAUCUGAGCAGGUGCCCAUCUGUUUUUGCAGCUUGGAUUCCCCAAUGAGUUCUGAUGCCACAGCUUCCACGGACACGACACGGGCACAGCACCACCUCAGCGGAGGCGAGGAGAGAGGCGCCGUGCCCCUCUGCUCUGGCCAGCAGAUUGAAGUCACGCACUGCUGAGCCGCAGCGGCCCCGCACCACCCUCAGAGCCAUCCCGGCCCUCGCAGGAGGC